AUGAUGCAGUUGGAGGUGGAGAGCUGCUCUCAGCGCCCGGUCAGGCUGCUCCUGCUGCUCUGCUUCAUGACUCUGCACAGCUCAGCCAUUGAGACCGUGAACGUGGUGGACUUCUGUGGCCAGACCAUCCGGGGAGAUGGCAUGAUCGUCAACUCACACCAAGAGUCCAAGAAGUACUACUUUGUGACCAUGGGGACUGACUGCCACCUCACCAUGCAGGCCAGCUCCCCGAAAGACAAGGUCCAGUUCCACUUCCGCUUCUUCCUGGUCUACAGUUUGCUACGAGUGGCCCCUCUAAGCCCGGCCCCUGCCUUUCCAGAGUCCCCUCGUGGCUCCGCCCCUCUCAACCCCAGACUGGAGCCCACCUCAGGUGAAAGCCCAGGGGACCCUUGUCAUGCCGGCUCAUACGUUCAAUUUUAUGAUGGACGGGACAGGAGCUCGCCUGCCCUCGGGCCUCCUCUGUGUGGGAAGAGUCCGCCGCGGCCGGUGCUGUCCACGGGAAACUACCUGACGCUGAGGCUGGUCACCCGGGGGACUCAACCCAGAGUGGACUUUGUGGGGGACUUCACCUCCUUCAGACUGGGUUUUAACCAAUCAGAAUGCAGCAGUGAACCCUACUUCACCUGCAGGAAUGGGAAGUGCAUCCCUCUCAGUCUGGUGUGUGAUGAUAAGGGCAUUGACAACUGUGGGGAUGGAAGUGACCUGGAGGAAAACCUGACCACCGGGUGCAAAGCAGGUCAGCUUUUACCUCCCGAGCCUCCACCGCCAAUAGCAACCCCACCCCCACCUUUUGUGAAUCCACCCACUGUACCAAUUCCUACCCAUAUGAACUGUGGCAUGUCAGACAGCCCUCCCAGUCAUGAGUCAGUAACAGACUCUCCUGCCUCCUUGUCUUUGUUGGUUCUCUACAUCAUCCUGGGUGUGGUGGCGGGCACCGUGGUGCUCUGCUGGUGUUGCUGGUCACCCGGCUGGUUCCUGUGGCGAGUCAGUAUUUGUCGCUUCUUACCCUGCUGCAACUCGGCCUGUGCCUCCUGCCAGCUCUGCGCCCGCAGCUGCACCCACAGCAAGGAGCACCGACUGGCAAAGGUCACCCCUCAUGCACCGGUCAAUGGGACACCGACAGGCACGGCGGCCACCACCAACAACGCUGAAGAAAACGUUACCAGUGCUGCUGUUUAG